UUCCCGCUUCAGCCUGGGACGGAAGACCCUGCUGGGGGCUGGCGUGGCCGUGAUGCUGGUCUUGGUCCUGGUGGUCCUCAUUCCAAUUCUGGUCCAUUUGGCAGGCACCAGUGAAAACGGUGAAUACGAAAUGCUGGGUGCCUGCCGUAUGGUGUGCGACCCUUUCUCUGAAAAAUCGGGCACUACGGCGGGCAUCGGUACGGGCACGGGUAUCACUAACACGCAGCUGGAGGCUGAACCGCUGACCGAUCACAGUAUGGGACCCCCGUUGCCAACCUAUGCACACGGACCGCAGGGCAAGCCUGGACGACAGGGAAAGCCAGGGCUGCCGGGACCCCCGGGACCACCCGGAGAGCCAGGUCCACCGGGACCGAUGGGGCCGCCGGGAAAUAAGAACCACACGGAGCGACCCGAUGUCUCCGCUCUGGGUGGAAGAACGGCUACGGGAAUGGGGACCUCCGUGUAUGCCAUGGUUCCGCGUCUGGCGUUCUAUGCGGCUCUGAAAAACCCGCAGGAGGGUUAUGAGAUUCUGAGGUUUGACGAUGUGGUGACAAAUAUUGGGAAUAACUACGAUGGGUCGACGGGGAAGUUUGUGUGCAAGGUUCCUGGGACGUACUUCUUUACGUACAAUGUACUCAUGAGGGGAGGGGACGGGACCAGCAUGUGGGCGGACCUGCUGAAAAACGGACAGGUGAGGGCCAGCGCUAUCGCUCAGGAUCAGGACCAGAGUUAUGAUUACGCCUCAAACACAGUCAUUUUGCACCUGGACCCCGGGGACGAGAUCUUCAUCAAGCUUGACGGCGGAAAGGCACACGGAGGAAAGAGCAACAAGUACAGCACAUUCUCUGGCUUCAUUCUGUACAGUGACUAG